GGUCCGCCAGGGAGGCGGUGGUCUGUCGCCUUCCUCGCCCGGGCCUGGCUGCGCAGCAGAGGCGGCGCCUCUCCCGCAGGACAGAGCGGGCCGAGCGGCACUGGGUGGGCGACAGUAGACGAGGGGUGCCUCGCUCUGAUUCCCGGCUGCGACUGGCGGUGGCUUUGGAGCAGCGCGGUCCCCGUGUGCAACACGCACACACCGCGGCGCAGGGACACACAGACCCAGCUGCCCGCGGCCACACUCACCGAGAGACCAGGCUCGGCGCGCGCUCCGCGGCGCACACACUCCAGCCAGUGCGGCUCUGUGCGCGGAUUCUCGGGUUGCGCGUUCUCCUGAACCUUCAGUCCCGGCGCCCAGCAGCUCGGACCAGCCCCUAGGCCAGCAGCUCUGUGUGGAUAGUGGCGGGCGGCAACUGACUCUCCAAGGCUGGGAGCAACAGCCAGAGAUAGUGGUUGGGAAGCACCAUGGCCAGAGUCCUGCAGCUCUCCCUGACUGCUCUCCUGCUGCUGCCUGCGGCUAUUGCUAUGCACUCUGACUGCAUCUUCAAGAAGGAGCAAGCCAUGUGCCUGGAGAGGAUCCAGAGGGCCAACGACCUGAUGGGCCUAAACGAGUCUUCCCCAGGUUGCCCUGGCAUGUGGGACAAUAUCACAUGUUGGAAACCUGCUCAAAUAGGUGAGAUGGUCCUUGUGAGCUGCCCUGAGGUCUUCCGGAUCUUCAACCCGGACCAAGUCUGGAUGACAGAAACCAUAGGGGAUUCUGGUUUUGCCGAUAGUAAUUCCUUGGAGAUCACAGACAUGGGGGUCGUGGGCCGGAACUGCACAGAGGAUGGCUGGUCGGAACCCUUCCCCCAUUACUUCGAUGCUUGUGGGUUUGAUGACUAUGGGCCUGAGCCUGAGGACCAGGAUUAUUACUACCUGUCGGUGAAGGCCCUCUACACAGUUGGCUACAGCACAUCUCUCGUCACCCUCACCACUGCCAUGGUCAUCUUGUGCCGCUUCCGGAAGCUGCACUGUACCCGUAACUUCAUCCACAUGAACCUGUUUGUGUCCUUCAUGCUGAGAGCUAUCUCUGUCUUCAUCAAAGACUGGAUCUUGUACGCCGAGCAGGACAGCAGCCACUGCUUCGUUUCCACCGUGGAAUGCAAAGCUGUCAUGGUUUUCUUCCACUACUGCGUGGUGUCCAACUACUUCUGGCUGUUCAUUGAAGGCCUGUACCUCUUUACACUGCUGGUAGAGACCUUCUUCCCUGAGAGGAGAUACUUCUACUGGUACACCAUCAUUGGCUGGGGGACACCUACUGUGUGUGUAACUGUGUGGGCUGUGCUGAGGCUCUACUUUGAUGAUGCAGGAUGCUGGGAUAUGAACGACAGCACAGCUCUGUGGUGGGUGAUCAAAGGCCCUGUGGUUGGCUCUAUAAUGGUUAACUUUGUGCUUUUUAUCGGCAUCAUCAUCAUCCUUGUACAGAAGCUGCAGUCCCCAGACAUGGGAGGGAACGAGUCCAGCAUCUACUUCAGCUGCGUGCAGAAAUGCUACUGCAAGCCACAGCGCACUCAGCAGCACUCUUGCAAGAUGUCAGAACUAUCCACCAUCACUCUACGGCUGGCCCGCUCCACCCUGCUGCUCAUCCCACUCUUUGGAAUCCACUACACAGUAUUCGCCUUCUCUCCAGAGAACGUCAGCAAGAGGGAAAGACUUGUGUUUGAGCUUGGGCUGGGCUCCUUCCAGGGCUUCGUGGUGGCUGUACUCUACUGCUUCUUGAAUGGGGAGGUGCAGGCAGAGAUUAAGAGGAAAUGGAGGAGCUGGAAGGUGAACCGUUACUUCACUAUGGACUUCAAGCACCGGCACCCAUCCCUGGCCAGCAGUGGAGUGAAUGGGGGGACCCAGCUGUCGAUCCUGAGCAAGAGCAGCUCCCAGCUCCGCAUGUCCAGCCUCCCGGCCGACAACUUGGCCACCUGAGCCCUGUGUCCCUUCUCCUUCUGCACAGGCCGGGGCUGCGGGCCGGUGCCUGCGCAUGUUUGUGCCUCUCCCCUCUCCUUGGGCAGGCCCUGGGUAGGAAGCUGGGCUCCUCCCCAAAGGGGAAGAGAGAGAGAUAGGGUAUAGGCUGAUACUGCUCCUCCUGUUUGGGUCCCACCUACUGUGGUCCAUCGAGCCCAAUUUGACAUGUAAAUACACCUCAAAUCUGGAAAGUUGUCCCAUCUCUCCCCUCCACCCCCAACCCAUGCCCCUGUUCACCUCUGCCAGGCCCCAGCUCGACCUACUGUGUCAAGGCCAGCCUCGGUGAUGGCCUGAUCCCAGGUACAAGGCCUUGUGAACUGAGGUUAAAACAUGCCUGCUUUGGAGAGGCCGGGGCAGUGACCACCCCAGCAGCCUUUCAGCAAAUUGACUUUGGAUGUGGACCCCUUUCAGCCUGUACCAAGUACUGCAGUUGGUCAGGGAUGCAGCUCCUGUCUGAGCAUCCUUUGGAGCAGAUCAGCCUGAGGCUUCUUUUGCUUACCUGAUAUCUAAGUUGUCCAGGUGCUCAGCUCCUGUGGGCCUGGGUGAUGGGAGGGCUCCAGGGUCCUUUCAGUCAAAGACUUACAUUGAGGUGGGGUGAAGGUAGGAGAAAGUUCUGGUGCUUUUCAUUUGCUCUAAGAGCUGAGAGCCAGAAAUGCAGAUUCAAUUGGGAAGGAGAUGGGAUAGCUGAAGUGCUGACCACGUCCAUGCCUGUGCCCCUGACUCAAGACUGUAUCGUGUGGUGGGUUUAUGUCUACACUUCUUGCCCACAAUGGAUGGUCUGAAGAAGCACUUCUCCAGCCACAACAACCACAGAAAGCCCCCACUUCCCCCGCCGUUCUCUCCUCUCCGUUUCCCCAUAAAUCAAAGCCAUGUCUAGAAUGGACCAGCCUCCUUGCAGUAAAAUCAAUGAGUUCUGAAGCAACCUUUGAGUUUCCAUGAGCCAAGUCCUGAAUCCAGGGCUCCCCACAGCCCCACCUCUACUGAUUACAAGGAACCUUACCUGCCAACCCCAGUCUGGACUCAAUUACUAAACUCAGAUUUGUCUGCAAGACUUCCUCCGUGUGCCCUUGACAUUCAGAUCUACGAGUGUUUGUAGGUGAUACUGUGUCUAUCAGGUGUAUGUGCAGAAGCACCUGGUGGAGGGAGUGGUGGCUCUCUAGUGCCCAUCUUGGCUCUCCAGCUGCAAGUUGCACAGCCAUAACCUAAGACUUUAAAAUAAGGCCACACCCAGAUUUGGGAAGGUAGAGGGAGAAAAAAGGAAGGGCCACGGGGGCCAUGUGGCCCACCUCAUUCCAUGUAAAUGUAGUGCUUGUUCUUGUCCCUGCCUCUGUGGACUUGUUCACGAUUGUGCUCUGGACUGCAUGGGGAGUGUGGGAUGCUGCCUUGCUUGCUGUUGUAUUAAGUAGGAGUUCUAGGAGACUUGACCCAGUGCUUCUGGGGAAGCCACUGGAAAGGCUGGAGAAGGUUCUAGCUGAUAUGACUUAGAGAUGUGUUCUGUGUUCUUGACCAGUGAAAUAAGUUCUUGGGUCUUUGGCAAAGCCGGGAAGAGAAAGGGCCUCACCUCCUUGUUCUUUCCUAGAAACAUUUAGUGGCUUGGACCAGCCACUGAGUAUACAUUGGUUCUUUUCUCCUGCCCCUUUAUCUCUCCCGGCCAUCCCCUCCCUUGUUCUGAGAACCAUGUUUUCAGACAAACAAGAAUCAGUUGAUCCGAUUGCACUUUGGACACUUCUAGGGAGCCUGAGCUGUUCAGAAGAGGCCUUGGUUCAGGAUUCCAGCUGGGUUCAUGACUGUGACAAUGUGCCCUGUGCUGGGCCAUGACUUCCUUGUUUAUGGAAUGAGGUGGUUUCUAGUGCUUUUCUAGGUUCUUCAUUAGUUAAAAACCUAAGGCAGGUAAACAGAGAUGUAUCCUUGUGAAAGUCAUCUAAAGGGUGUGUGUGUGUGUGUGUGUGUGUGUGUGUGUGUGUGUGUGUGUGUGUGUGUGCGUGUGUAUAUGGGUGUAUUGAGGGGAGUGACGUUCCGUUUAUUUUCCCAUUUGGAUGCCACAUGGUACCCAACACUCAUAGAGAAGGAAGCUCAGGCCAUGGACAUUUGAAAGGGGCCUCAGGCAUGAUGUGCAGAACUAGCCUUCCGUGCCAGGCAGGGACAGGUUGCCUGUGGCACCCUCUAUCUGAGAUGCAGCCCUUAUGCUGUGAACCCCAUUCACUUGUCAUCACCACCAGUGGGUCCGCUUCACUGUGGAAGGAGAAACUGUGACUUUCUGGUUGCAUUACUGCAAAACAGCAAAAAACCGGAUAACCUGAGCCCCCGCUGCUUCUGAGCCCUGGGUCUGUGUCCUCCUGGAACUUCCAGGUUCCUGUUGCUUGGUUUUUCUGUCUGAAGGAAUCUUUUUGUUAGUACCUGAAGGAUUCUGCAUGGUUCAUGAGGGUCUGGCUCUCAGGCCGCAGGCAGUGAAGGGACAGCACAAGGUUGGGUAAAACCCUUCCCCUUUGACCCUCUUACAUAGUGUAAGCAAUAAGACUAAUUGAUUUGUGUGUAUCCCAGUGUAUCUCUGGGGUUCUGUCUGAACACCAACCAUCUUUUCUUUGGAAUGGGCCUCAGUCAAGGCUUGCAGUAAUGAAGCCUGGACCCAGAAAAGGGAAAAUGAUAAGGAAAUCCUGUCUGGUAGUUGAAAGGCUGCAUGGAUUUGGAAACCUGGAGGCAGGAACAUAGAUUUACGGGGCACCCAGCCAGUGGACAGUCAUUCCUGGGAAGUGAGGUCUUGUUCCAGUAUGCACCAUGCUUAAGAUCUGACUACACUCUCAGUGUACAGAGAGGAGGCCUUCCCUGGCAUGCUCAGCCUCCCUUAGUGAUUCCUCUCCUAACCCUCAUCUUCCCCCAACUGACUUCUCUGGGGAGUUGGGAUGGGGCUUGGUCAGGGCCCCGUGGUGGAAAUAACCCUGCAUCUGUUGCCCAGUAUCAGGGCCUCUGCUGUUUGGUCUGUACCUUCUCUUCCUUGGAGGGAAAGAUGCAUGAGACUCUCUUUUUAAUCCUUGAGUACCUUUUGCCCCCUACCAAGAGAAGACAGCAAGUCCUCUGACACUGCAAAUUUCACUUGAACCUAGGAAGCUGGGAAACCAGGUGGGACUACCCUGUUUUUGAAUUGCAUUGCAUUGAAUUGUACCAGUAUUGCACAGCCCUGCCUGUGAGCCAGAUGUACUACUCAGAGCAGCUGUGGAACACAGUGUGUCCUUUGCAGGAGCGGCUGUACCUGCAGAAAGCCCAGGAGCCUACAGUACAGUGCAGGGGAAGCAGCAGAGUUGGUCUGGUGUAAGAAUACUUACUAGUAAAUUUGGCACUUUCCAUCUGUUCUGGGACUCCAUACUUCUCUGCCCUCAACCCCUGCUCCGCAAUGAGGUGGCUGUGGUUGCAUCAUCGUCUACCCUCUGGCUAGGGAUGGGGUGGAGGUGAAAUGCUCCCUGUGAGUUUACAAGCUCUGAAAACAAAACAGCCACGGUGGCGUGCUCAUUCUUAGAGUGACGUCCCUGAAAGGUAUCUCCCUUGGCAGCCUGUCUACUGUUGUGAGCCCUUUUGCUUUAACCCAUUUGUAAAACCACCAGCAUGAGCGUGAGGAUGAGGCCAUGGGGCUCUGUUGGACAGCAAAUCCCAGCUCUGCCGUCAUCACUGUUCAGUUUGCUUUGAAGGUCAGGAUGAGGAACCUUCUGCUGUGAUCAGCUCCGUGCUGUCUGCCUAGGAGUCCUUCAGUGGUAUGGGACACUCCUCAAGUGAGCCAAAUGCCCAUUCUUUCUCCCUUCCCCGAACUCCGGGUCCUGUGCUGUGUCUGUACUCAGCCAUGUGUGUUUUGUCUGCUGUCUGUCUUCUGAGGCUUAGCGUCUGUCAGGGCUGGGGUGUGUUCAGCCCUUGGUACUCCAGAUGUGGUUUCAGGCUCACUCGUGGGAACUGGACCAGUCUGGGUUUAAUCUCCCACAAUAAAGAUAAACCCCACGGACCUCACCGCUACUGCUGCCUCCAUUAACGCUGUGCUCACACCUUGUCUGGGAUUUUAAUGAUGUCAUACUGCUGUAGAUGACUCAAUAAAUGUCUUAUCGUUUUUCUUGG